AUGGCAAAAUCCAAGGCUAAGACAACGAUCAUACAGUUGGCAUCCACAGCAAAGACGGGCUACAUGCGGUCUUUGGUGAUCCAGAGAACUGCCAACGAGAGAAAACAUAUCCACUACGAUCCGAUUGUCAAACGCCAUGUCCUGUUCACGGAAAACAGAAAGAGGAAGAUGCCACAAAAGAAACCUCUGGACUUCUCUAGGGGUGCCUUUGAUUGGCAAAAGAAGAGAUAA